UGAAAAAUAUAUUUUGGUGGCCAUUUUGAAAGCGUGUUUUCCUACUCUGCUUGACACAGAAGGCAAAUAAACUGUUUGCGCCAGAUUUGAUAUGGAAGUUUUCUGAACCUUUAAUUAAACUCAUGGACGAACUUGUUGAUGGAUUCAGUGAGCCAUGUCGACAGUGCGCAGCUGUGGAAUGGGGAGUUUCAGAUGGGGGUCACUUCUUCUGCAAGAACUGCCACAAUGUGAUCGAGAAAACGAGGGAGGUGGUGGAUUCCACCGCCCUUCAUUCUAAAAACAGUAGGAUCUCACAAAUCAAGAAACCAAAGAGAAAGAGAUCGGAGGAUGAACGAGAGUGGAUGGUGUGUGAGGGAUUUCAGUUCAUCCUGAAACUCCAGGCCAAGGCUUUGGUCAGUCUUGGUGUUUGCUUGAAAUUUGAGACAGAAGUUCUAUGGAAUUUCUGGAAAAAAUACCUCCAGAACACACGGCAAGCUUUCACCGAAAAUACAAUAUACACUCGAAGAUUUACAGUGUACAUGAAGCCAAAGAGUGAGCCAGAGUCUGACACUCAGAGCGAGAUGUCAUUUCACAGUACUGCGGUUUCUUCAGAAACAGAACUGUCAGUCUCAGGUGACACCACUGAUGUACAGUCAUCACUAUGUUCAGAAGCGUACCUGCAUACAUCCACUCUUAUGAACAUGCCACGGACUCUGGCCCUGUGCUAUCUGGCACUGCUGUGGGUCCGAGAGGCCAUCACUCUGGCUGACUUACUGAGGCUGGUCUCAGAGAGACGUGUCCCUUAUAUGGACAUUCAAGAUGCUUUUCCAGAGGAGAUGAGACUGUUUGGAAAAGAUAUCCAUAUCUUUCAAGUUUGGCAUCUUCCAUCCUACUCAACGGUCCAUAGAGAAGCUUUUAAUCUGGCUCAGAUCAUGCAGUUACCCUCCUUCCCAACAGUUUCGCAGGAUUGCCUUCUCCACCCACUUACACUCUCUGUCCGAUACAUGCUGGAUGCGAACCUCCCAGAUGCCCUUCAUAUUUGGGUCCACAGGGUUAUAAGGGGGGCAGCUAUGGAUGAUGAAUCAUAUCUGACAUUUGACCCCAAAACAGACAACCCUGGUCUCUUGCGCUAUGAAAUUCAGGCAGCAGCUGUCAUCAUUGUUGCCAUGAAGCUCCUUUUCAAGUUGGAUGAUCAUGCGGAGUGGAAGUUAUCUGAGGAAGCGGCCAAGAAGAAAAAGACAAUCUUCAGGUUAAAACGCUGGUUUGCGAUAGUACAACCCGUCUUGGAGAAAGCCAGACAGAAUGAGGAACAUAUCGAAGCCCUGCGGCGAUGGAAACCCACUAAUCCUUUCAUUACAUCUCUGCAACAAAAGAGCUUGAUCCUCAAAAAAAGACGUGUGGCUGACUAUUUGGAGCAGAGAUUUCAUAAAUUAACUGACUCUGCACCGGAGCAACUGCCGUCCACCACAAACCCUUACUCCAGCUUUCGCUUUAGCUGGGGAAAUGAGGAGGGUUCAGAUGGACCCAGUAUGUAUGACAGGCGUUUGGACUGUACCUUUAAGAAAAAUGGUGUCAAGUACCUCGCCAACCGAAAAUACUGGCAUCCUGAACUGAGAAGAUGCGUUAAGAAUUCAUGCGGUAACCAUUUCCCAGAAAUGGAGCCCUGGUUACCCAGGAUGUACGUGUGGGUCCUUGAUCUUUUCUCUUUCAUUCUGGGGGUCCGUCAGGCAGAAGUGUACCAAGAGGUCCUCAAUGUUGAGCGUCGCUUCUUGAGCAGAAAUCAUCAGUCUAAGAUUAAAUGGACUUAUAAUUCCCUCACAAAGAAAAAAGGAAAAAAGUCCAAAACUGCGACGCGUGUUGCUAAAAACAAAAUCACUGAUACCACUGACAGCGCAUGAAACGUGCACAUUGGUUUCCAAGAAGCCUUUUGUUCCCUUCCAUCAAAAUGGUAGCAACAAUUUUUUUUUAUUGUGCAAGAUUUUCAUGUGCACAUUGUUUUUCAGUAGUGUCUUGCACAGUUUAUAUUUAUAGUUAUGAGAGUAUCUAUUUUCCGCAAAAAAGUGUUCUUUUUCUUGUAUGCAUUUUAUAUUUUGAAUUUACUUACAGUGAUUGUAGCUACACAGAUGAACCAACAGGGGGAGUAAUGCACCUCAUAAUUGAGUGAUAGAUUCUUUUGUUCUGUAGCAAAACUAAAAUUGUUAUUUGUGCGAGCUAAAUUGAUGGUGGAAAAAUAAGUAAUUCUGCUGGGUAGAUGUACUGCUUGAGGUUUUGCAUCUGAGCAGUUUUCUUUGUUCUUGCAGUCUUUGCCUUAAUAGCCCUGGGUAGAGGAACAAAAGCCAUUUCACACAUUUGUAGUCCAAUAAAGGACUCAUGUUUGAGAAUGUGGCUUUUAUUUGGUCAUACUGUGACUUAAACUAAAUGCAUAUAUGCAUAUUUCUCCACUGUUGUAUGUAUUGUGGCCUACUGCUGUCACGAAAUUAAACUUUUCAUAUACGUGUCAUUUCAA